AUGCGCCCUUCAGCCACGGCGCAACGGUGACCCUCGGCCUCUUCCGGAGCAACUACUCCGUUUCGAAAUAAAGUAUUUGAGCGACGGAAGAGCUGCCGUUCGCAGAGACGGCGUUGACGGCCGCGGCGGCGGGGGAGGUUAAACUGGACGAUAACGCGCAGGUCAGCUGAGCCGCGGGUGCACCCCCAUGGCAUCAUCGGUGUGGAAGGGGCUCGUGGGCAUUGGACUCUUCGCCCUGGCUCACGCCGCUUUCUCUGCCGCGCAACAUCGCUCAUACAUGAGGCUGACGGAAAAAGAGAAUGAGACACUCCCGGCAGACAUCGUGCUUCAGACACUGCUGGCGUUUCUCCUGACCUGUUACGGCAUUGUCCAUGUAGCAGGAGAGUUCAAGGAUAUGGAUGCGACCUCAGAACUUAAAAACAAGUAGGUGAUCAUUCCCCUUCGA